CACCUUUUGGCCAGAUUUACCCCCAAGUCUCAGAGAGCUAUCAGGGAGCCCUUCACACACAAUUAGGGUUUUGCAAUUAGGGGAAUGCAGCCCAAUUUAUAUUGGGGUAAAAAAAUCACUUUUUGCGUCCUUUUUUGGGGCAGCUUCAAACGUGGAGUAAAGCCUGCUGUCUGGGGAAGCUGGGAUUUCUACAAACAGCAGGCUUGACUGAGAGUUUACUAGGAGGCUUUACUGCAAAAUUGAAGUUGUCCCAAAGAACCAGCGCAAAAUCGUAGAUUUUUUUUUACCCCAGAUAUAAACCGGGCUACACUGCACAGUGAAAAACCCGAAUUGUGUGUGAACUGCUCCUUGAUAACUUGCAGGGACUUCAGGGUAAAUCUAGCUGAUGCACCCCCUCCAUUCUAGAGAUGCGAGUUAAAAGCCCCGUAUAGCCCCUGGCGAAGGAGUCUCCCGGCACGCGUGGGGCAAAAGAUUCCGAGCAGAGAGACGCUUUAGGAAAGGACUUGGGUCCUUUGGGGUUCUCUUCUGCGCGCUACAAUCAAGCACUUGGGUUCUGCCGCUCCAGCCAAGAUGGGCCCUUCUCUACUGUUGCUGCUGCUGCUGGCGGUGGCUGCUGCCGGGGUGGGAGCAGCCCCUAAGAUGCACGAGAUCCGCUACCUGCCUGGGCUGGACAAGCAGCCGUCUUUCAAGCAGUACUCGGGCUACUUGGACGUCGAUGGGGACAAGCAUCUGCACUACUGGUUUGUGGAGGCUCAGAACAGCCCUGCCGACAAGCCCCUGGUGCUGUGGCUGAACGGGGGGCCCGGCUGCAGCUCCAUGAUGGGCCUUCUGAUGGAGCAUGGCCCCUUCACGAUUCAACCUGAUGGAACCACCCUGAAAUACAACAAUUAUGCCUGGAAUAAGCUUGCCCACAUCCUGUAUCUGGACUCCCCUAUUGGAGUUGGCUACUCCACUUCAGACAGCAAGGACUACCGGACAAAUGACACAGAGGUGGCCCGUGUGAACUACCUGGCCUUGAAGGAGUUCUUGCGCCUCUUCCCGGAGUACAGCAGCAGGGACCUCUACCUCACCGGGGAGAGUUAUGCAGGGAUCUACAUUCCUACACUGGCCCAGUGGGUGAUGAAGGACUCCAGCCUUAACUUGAAGGGGGUCGCCGUGGGGAAUGGGCUCUCCAGCUAUGAGAACAACGACAACUCCCUGGUUUACUUUGCAUACUACCACGGUCUCCUGGGGAGCAGGCUCUGGAGGGACUUGCAGACCUACUGCUGCUCGGAUGGGAAGUGUAACUUUUUUAGCUACGAGAACACGAAAUGCACUCUUGCUGUGGAGGAUGUGAACCACAUUGUGGAUGAGUCGGGUCUGAACAUCUACAACCUCUAUGCCCCUUGCGAUGGUGGAAUGCCCGGAGCUUAUAGGUACCAAAAUGGGGUGCUGGUUACCUAUGACCAAGGCAACAAUUUCAUCAGGCAGCCGCGUCUCAAUUCUUGGAGGAAGCAGAAGCUGCUCAGGCUGCUGGCUGCCGAGAACAGAGUGUGGCUGGAGAUCCCCUGCUUCAACACCACGGCACCCACCACCUUCCUGAAUGACAGACGGGUGCGCCAGGCCCUGCACAUUGCUGAGGAUGCUCCGGAGUGGCGGGUGUGCAGCUCUGCCGUGAACCGUGAAUACAAGCGCAUCUACUCGACGAUGAGAGAUCAGUACCUGAAGCUGCUCAGCACCCAGAAAUACCGCAUCUUGGUGUACAACGGGGACGUAGAUAUGGCCUGCAACUUCCUGGGGGACGAGUGGUUUGUGGACUCCUUGCACCGGCAGGUGAAAGGGCCCCAACGACCCUGGACUUACAUUGAGGAGAAUGGAGAGAAACAGAUUGGAGGCUUUGUGAAGGAGUUCACCAAUAUUGCCUUUCUCACUGUCAAGGGAUCAGGCCACAUGGUGCCCAUGGACAAGCCAGACGCAGCCUUCGCCAUGUUUGAGCGCUUCAUUACGCAGAAGCCCUUCUAGGGCUGGGUCCAUCAGGCGGCCUCCUUCUACCAUGGGCGCUGCCUCCUUCCUGCUACGCUGUGACUGCACAGAUGGGGGUCCUGCAGCACUCCAUCUCCACUGCCACGGCUGCUGCCACCACUAGGAGGGAUCAGAUGCCAUGGCUCUUUUUCCACUCCCCUCCCUCCAGCCAUCUUGGCUUCCAUACUGCCCUGAUUAUUGGGGCAUCACCAAGAGGUCCCUGUAUUACUUGCUUGUAUUACUUGUAGCACUCUUGGGCAGGGAGGGGCAGCCUCUCUUCUGCUAGGCCCAGAGGGGACCAGUUCUCAGCCUUAGUUCUCAGUCGUGAUGAAGGAAUCUGCCUCGUCGGUGAAAUGGAAGCCUACCCUGGCCUGGGCUUGGACCUUCAGCCUUGGGACUGUGGUCUCUCUGGCUCAGUCCAGGGCGUGCUACUAAACCAUUUCCCUAAAGCAGCUGGUGUCCAGUCUCUCCUUUGCCCCUGAACUGCUCCCCCUUGGCUGUGCUGCUUCUCUUGCAUUAUCAGCCUGGGGUCUAGGAAGGGUGGCUACGAGCCUUUGAGCCUGGAUUUCCCUCUUUGUUUCCUCCCCCUCUCUCCCCUGUGGCUUCUGAUAUUCUCAGGUCUCCCACUUCCCCAACAUGUCACUAUUUGAAAUCUUAAACCAAAGGUUUGUGAGUCUGUGAGAUAGAGAGAGAGAGAGAGAGAGAGAGUUUGGAUUUGAGAUGAAAAAACCAUCCUUGCUGAGGCAGAGUGGGAUACUUGUCCUCUCUCGUGUGUCUUAACAGCAGUCCCCUGCUCCCACGCUCCUCCCAAAAGAAAGGAAAUUGGAAGCACAUGGGGUUUUCAUGGGGUUGGGGGAAUGGACACCUGUUCCCCCAGGCCCUGUGCAGACCAUCAUGGUGGAACUAUGUGGCCUGGCCUGCCAGUGUGUUAGCUCCCACCUGAGUGGAAUACAUAACAAUCUCCAUCAAGACUUUCCUCUGGGGAAGGAACAAGGAAGACUAGCAUUGGCACCUGGUUCAUUCAGUUAUGGGGCCAGUGGGCAGCCCUGGUGUCCAGCUCCUAGGUUCAGUGGGGAGGGGGAGAAGGUUGGGAGGGAUGGUGGUAAUGGCAAGCCUCUGUUUAAAGAAAUGGUGCAGGGCCAAAGCCAAUGUAGGAGGAGCAAAAGAAGAAAAGUUGAGGAGGGAGCUUAAAAUGCAAAGUAAUCCCUCCCCCACCCCCUCAGAUUUCUUGUGAUGGCAAAGUCACCAGUAGAAGUGAUGGCAAAGAGGAGGGAAGUUUGAAAAUAAUGCAUGUACUGAUCAGAGUUGCCAUCCCCCCUGGAAUUUCGGGUUUCAUCCAGUUUUUAAGCAUCUCACCCACAUGGCUUAGCUCACCCAGAUUACCCUGAUUUCAGCUUUCAUUAAAAAAAAAAGUGGGGCAGUGGGGGAGUUAAGCCCUAGCCCUUGUAGAAGUGGAGUCAUGGAGCAAAAUGUUCAGUCACUAUUCUGCUCAAAAAUUAUUUUCAAGCCAAUAUGCAAAUCAAGCACCAGGAUUUGGAAAGCCAGAAUAUGGCAACCCUGGACUCAGUCCUACUCUUGGACCCUAAGCAAUAGCCCUGCUCAAGACAUGCCAGAUAUAACAAGGAUGUCCUGGUGAUGAAUGGUCUCAAAAACUGGAAGGGUGUGUUGGAUCGCUUUAGACCAAAGAAAAAUAAUGCAUACAUGCUUUAAAAACAAUAAGUUUCCCCCCAUAUUAUGUAAAAAGCAUAUAAUGAAGAGAAUGUAACAAAUUAGAAUGUAAUAAAUUAGAAUGUAAUCAAUCAAUUUAUUAGAAUGUAAUAAAUUAGAGAAUGAAAUAAAUUACUAAUAAUUAGUAAUAAAGCAUAUAAUGAAGAGAAUGUAAUAAAUUAUGUAAUAAUUUAGUAUAAAUUUUAUAAUCAAAGAUACUCUCAAUCUGAGAUAGAACAAAAAUUCAACCAAAGAUGACAAUUUGAAAUCACAUUGAUAAAACUAAAUGUAUUGCAAUAAACAUAUACUGAAAUCCAUUGUGUGGAAAGUAAUAUGAUCUAUUUCAAACAAGUCCACAAAUCCACAAUGGUGACCUGGUGACCUCCAUUUUGCUCUUAGUCUUUGUCAAGUGGGGAAUAGUUUUAGAAAAGUUCCACAGACUUGACCGCACUAGUCCAAAUGCUCCAGUAUCCAAUAAGGUGUACAGACACCUCUGUUAGUUUUGCCCCUGCCACUGCAAGCUAAGUAUCAUCUGCCUACUCAUGCACUCUGUGACACGCGCAGUAUUUAACACAGGGGUUCUUGGAGCCCAAAUAGCAACUGAACUCUCAAGAAUAUAGGGAUGUAGAGCAAGCAUAUUUAUGCUGAUAUGCAUUAGCAGAAGCAUUUCUGCUCGCCUACUCCGCAAAUGGAUAAACAGCAUGCAGAGUCAGUUUACCUGUUGUUUUCUGGGGCUGGUUUUCUCUCUCACUGGUACUCUGGGCGUGUGUGUGUGUGGCGGAGGUGGGGCGGGGGGGACCAGGAGCUCUGGAGCCUCUAGCAGGAGAGUCAGUGGCAUCCUGCAUCCCAGACUCUGGACUGCUGGAAACCCCACCCUUAUUAAUAAUUAUUGUUGUUGUUUGUUUACACAGUCAGACAGGUGUUAUUGACUGUUUGUUUUAUCCAGACAUCAAGUCCUUCCCAAGGACCUGGGAUGGCUGGAUUUUAUUAUCAAUGUUGUUGCUGUUAUUAUUAUAGAUAUUGUCGCAGAAUAUAGGCUGUUCCCAGUAAAGCUGCUUUUUGUAAUCGGCUGAUGGUGACUUAUUAAUAUUAUUAAUUAUUAUUAUAUUAUAGAUUAAAUAAAUAAAUAAUAUUUGUUUGUUUAAUAGUA